AUGCCGGCGAGACGGCUGUGGUGGGCGCGCUGCUGGCUGGGCGUCUGCCUGUCGCUGCUGGGCGCGGGGGGCGGCUCGGCCGAGCCCUGCCGCGGAGCCCCGUGCGAGGGCGGCUCCGCGCCCCCGCCGCCCUGCCGCGGGCCCCGCUGCGGCGGCCGGGCCGGGCGCCCGGCGCGCUCCUUCGCGCAGGGCCGGGCAGCGCCCGCCGCCCCGCUGCCCGCCUGCCCCGGCGGCGACUGCGCCGCCAACGCCACCCGCGGCGCCUGCCAGGGCCUGCAGUGCCGCCUGCCGCCGCUCCGCCCGCGGCCCCGCGGCCCGGGCUGCGCCGCCCCGGCCGAGGGCUGCCCCGAGCCCGCCCUGCUGCGCGCCGCCGACACAGCCGCGCACCGCGCGGGGGACGAGCUCGCCCACGGCGCUCCCGAGCGGGGCGGCGGCGCCCCGGGCGUGCAGCUCACCUGCGACGUGAAGCCAGGGGAAAAUGAAGUUCCAUCUGAAGAUGCCCUAAUACUACAACUGCACCUUGCAAAAGGACACGAGAAAUUCACUGAAAUGCUAAAAAGCCAACAGCAGAUCAUUGCUGAUUUGCAGCAAAAACUUGCUGAACAGCAGCACGUGUUGGUUAGCCAGCAACGGGAGAUUCUUGAGCAGCAAAGGAAAAUGUAUGAGCAAAUGGAUCUGAUCAAAGUCCAGUAUGGCAUGCUCUUUGAUACAGUGAAACAAAUGUCAUUUCAGAGUUUGCAAGAAGAUAUUCAGAAUUAUUUUGAAAGUCAUCUUCACGGACUUCAGAACCAGGUCAGAAAUCAUCUCCAGAAGUCAUACUCUGUGCACAAAGUAGAAGUGGAUGCAAAAGUGAUCAAUGUUGGGGAGUCUUUGCUGGACUGUGGCCUUUGUGAAAGUGAUGAAUUUUGCAAUUUCCAAAAGACACCUUCACAAUGUGAAAAAUGCACAUUGUGUCCUGCUGGAUUUUUCCAAAUGGCUGAGUGUUCUGCAAACUCUGAUCGGAUUUGCCAGGACAGAGAUGAGUGCACUGAAUCUCCAAGCAUUUGUGGUGAGAGGAUAAAAUGCCUCAAUACUCCAGGUGGUUUCCGAUGCCUUGGAAUCACUGACAAAGAUGCAGCUUUGGGAAUGUGUGGAGAGGAACAUUUCUUUAAUAAGGAAAUGCAGGAAUGCCAAGCAUGUUUAAAGUGUGAAGAAGGAAUGGUGGCUGUGCCGUGUUCCACUGUCAGUGACACUGUUUGUUCAGCAGCCAGUGAAAACAAACUCUCAGAGUCUUGGGCUGCAAACAUCAUUCUACCCUCUGUAAAGUCUGGCGUCUCUCAGGUCUACUCUGGCUUGAACUUGGAGAUAAAGGGAAAGCUUCCCUGUGAUAUCCUGUCCACUGAUGAGAGCAGGCUGGUAUUCAAGCAACAUGGUCUGUUGUGGACUGACCUAAAUUUUGCAGUAAAGCACAACUGCAGGAACUUUUUGCAACUUUCCUUAAAGCUUAAUGGCAGCGAGGAAGACUAUGAACUGAGUGGUGUCCGGAUUGAGCAGCCAGAAGGAAAGUAUUUCCAGAGCACUAGUUUAAGCAGUGUUGCUGAAGUAGAGCCCAGCCAAACUCUUUCUGUGUAUUUGAAAAGCCCUAACCAAUUCUGCAAUCAAAGCAAAGACUUAAAUAUUUAUGAUCUUAAUACCCCACUGAGUUUGUUUUGGUUGUCCCAUGACACAGGUGCUGUGGCACUCAGUGCACAGAUGUCAACAGCGAUGCAUUACCAAACCAACUAUCGACCUACCUUUAAAAUAAUUUCUGUUUCUGACCCUUAUAUGCUAAGUUUAUCUCAUGAUGGCAGAGCUAUAAAGUUCACUGAAACUGGUGUUGUCAAAUUUGUGUUUCAUCAGGCAUUGUAUUCCAUGGGUCAUAUGUGUGUCCGGGAGGGCUUCUCCCUAAUUUCUUAUAUCAAUAGGAAUGGUACCAACAGAGAAUUAAUGAAUGUAUUUAAAUCUGGGGUAAAUUACAGAGACACAUCCAUAUCUGCCUCUGGGGCCAUGAAGGUUGGUGCUGGAGAUAUGGUUAGCUUUGAGAUACUUUCUCCUGCACAGUGUAAUGUUCGCUAUUUUGGAGAUAGUUCUGGAAUUAGUAUGUUUAGCCUUAUCUGGAUCCCUUCAGCAGUUUCUAGUGCCAUAUCAGCCACAGUUUCUGUUACAGGUCUGCCUGCUGGAGCAGUGAGGAACAAACUACUGGAUUUCACCCUGGUCUCAUCCAAUGAGAAACAGAUACAGCUGGUUUCUUCUGGACAGCUUGCUCAGAAGUAUUUUCUUUUUACUGAAAAGGGAGUUGCCAGCAUUGCAUUCAAUUUAAAGCUAAUCCAUUCAUGCAAUGUGCUCAAAGUGACUCUCAAUCAGUUGACCAUGGAUCACAUGCAACCCACAGCAGUUGCUCAGCAGAUUGGAGGUCAGAUGCCAGAGGGAAGCAUAUGGACCAGUGUGUCCCUCCGUGCAUCUUUUGAAGUGCAUAAUGGAACAUUGAUAUCAGUUUCUCUUGACUGUGUGCGUGGAAGGAUCAAUCAGAUCACUCAUGAACAUGGAACCAGUAUAUCUAUUUUAUGGAUUUCAUCCUAAUUUAUGUGCAGUGAAGUUAGCAUGGAAUUGGGAUUUCAAUUGUAUUUGGAGUCUACUCUGAUUCUAUACAUACUUGACACUAUACUGUGUUCACUUGAGCAGAUCAUCCCACAAAAUGCUCUCAAUUUUAAGAAUAUUUAAAUAUAAUCUUAACUGAAUGGUCACUGUUUAAAGAAAACAAGAGCUUUCAGUCAAGAUUGUAAUUCUCUUACCAUCUUCAGUCAGGGGAAUGUGGAAUUGAGAUCAAACUCCCUUAUUUUAAUAAAGCAAUCUCUUAAAAUUGAUUAUUUCUGGACCACAAAAAAUUGCAGCUAAGGAUAAAUGGCAUUUAGUACUGUAACUGAAAGCAGCAUGCCCAAAUAAUUGAAACCUGCUUUCAUUUUUUUCAUGCAACAGGCUAAUAAAAAGACUAAGUGUACUUUGGGGCUGAUUUGUUUACAUCUUACAAAAUGUUGUGCUUUCCAUAAAUGGAGAGAACAUGCCUCAAAUAGGUGAUGUGGCAACACUGGAGUAUACAUUCUUAAUAUUAUGGGAAGGGACUGGGUCAAAAAUAGAAUAUAGUUUUUAAACAAAAACAGUAGAACUAACGACUGCUCCAAUUUCAUUUGGAAGUAAUCUGCAUUUAAAUAAUUUAGGAGUAUUUUCUCUGUUUUAGUUUCAGUGAAAACUUUCAGAAUGAGAAGGAAGCCUACUGUAAUAGAGUAUUUAGGCAAAAAAGAAACAAGUACUAAAAUAAUGUCUUGAAAAUUAGUCUUCUGAAAAUUAAUCAAAUUUUUAUUCAAUUUCUUUUAAACAGCAAAAUAUUUUUCUGAUCAAAAAAAACCCAUUAUUGACAAGUCUGUUUAUUUUGCUGAACAGGUACUUAUGUUAAAAAGGCUUUUUUUAGGUCAAAUCAGUCAGUUAAUUCAAGGAAAUGGUGUAUUCAUUGACACUAAUUUUUAUCUUCUUCCAACUCUUCCAUCAAACUAAUUCUUUCUUUUUCUAAACUAUAUAGACUCUUUUAUCCCAUUUUCUUCUUUCUCCUGUUUCUUCACUUUCCUUCUUUCAUUAGGAGUAAAUGAUGUGCCUUGUCACAUCUCUUUCCAGCUUUCUUUCAGCAUUCCAGCAGAAGGAUAGAUGUUUGUGUCAGAGAUGUAACUACAGAAGAAGGACAUUAAUAAUGCACUUGCAGGCUGCCUUAAAUUAGCCCUUCUGAAAAGGGCUUGAAGUAGUAUGCACAAUAUGAAUUUAAUGUGUCUGCUUGAGUAUGUAUAUCUGAAAUGUAUGUACAUUGCUGUGUUUUAAUCUGUUUUGGAGUUUGUUACGCUGUUUUUACUGUAUAAUGGCCUUCUAUAAUUUUCUGUAAUAGAAUGAAUCCAAGUGCACAACUUCUAUCUGGUCAUUAUUUUAACUUGUGACAUUAUAACUGUGUCCUAACAUCUGAAGUUAUCUUUCCAUCUUUUUUUUUUUCUUCAAGAAAAGGAUUCGGGCUUUUGACAAACUGCUCUGCUGCUCCAAAUAGAGAACAGUAGUUUUUCUUGCUUUCAGCUGCAUAAUCUAAGCAGUGUGUCAGUGUAAGAGGACACCUCAGUGGCAUUGUGUUGCAGCCAGUGUAAGUACACACACCUGCAAAGUAAUGCAGGUGUCCACAAAGUCUGUCAAAGACAGAGAUCUUCCUGCCUGUUUGUAGCCUGGGUCUAUUCAUUAUUGCAAGGUCAUAAGGAAGGAUUGGUUAAAACUACUAUUGAAGGUGUUCAACAUUUGCACAAUGCUAUUAUCAUUACAGAGGACAUUUUGUAGUGGUAGAGAAGGACUUCUGGAAUGAAAAACUGUCUCUGUUGUGUACAGAAGAGCUGUGUCACCUGGGAGCAGAGCAGUUUUUCUGGGAACUUCACUCUUGGAGUCUGCUGAGACUGAAGAAAGAUGAAAUGGCACAGGAGUUAAAGUUCUUCUGACAUACCCAUUCUGCUUUCUGUAGAAGGGUGCAUGUGAUUAGGAAAAGCUCUGCAGAGAACACACCUGGGUAUUUUUAUGGUAAGAGUUGAGGGAGAGACAAUGUUAGAGAAAGCUAGAAACUACAGGCUUAUGUUUUUGUUUUAGAAGAAGUUAAGGAAGUCACUUUCUCACAAACAGAACUCCGUAUUCUGUGCUGGUUGUGAGUGUCACUUCCCAGAAUGACAGUUUAACACCCAUUCUAGAUUUAAACCUGUGUAGCAGAGAUCAGAAUCGGGUGUUAGAAAUAAUCUGGUACAUCUUUAGCAAAGUGCAGAGGUUACUUGAAUAUAAUAAACAUUUGCCUAUAUAGCAAGUAGCAUAUAGCAUAUGGCAUAUAGCAAAUCUAAUGGCAUCAUUUGUAUGAGUGUGCUUUAUUUGAGUGAGAUUGUGAGAUUAGUGGUGGUGUUAAACAGGGAAGAGAAUGAUGCUACAAUCCUGUAUUAUGCAUGUUGGAGGUUCUUACAUUUAAAUAGACCAUUAUUAAAGGAUGCAGAAGGUACAAGGAAGGUUCAGGUAAAUAUUAUUACAACUGAGAGAAGUUCCAGAGUAUAAAUUCUCGAAUGUAAUAAAGCUUUUUGGAGGAUUUUGUGGGGAGUGCCCAUAAUUUCCCUUAAAUUCAGAGUAAGUUUUUAGAUACACAGUAGUUUGCUUUCAUCUGGUAGUGAUAAUGCAUCUAAUAAGGUUUUACUCAUGUCAUCUGUGAUAAGGCACUCAGAGAGUGAAAAAAAUGUCUUAUCCAAUAUGUAUUAUUAAUUGAAAUAUACAGCAAGAUUAACCUUAUUUCAAGCAGAAAAAGACUGAUUAUUGAGCCUCUUUUGAAUCUCUCCCUUUCAAAAAAAGCUUGGAUCUGUUGUUCAGGGCACUUGCUGACCUUGGUUGUAGCAACAGGAAUUUGAGUAUGUUGGAAUCAGUAUAGCUUUAUGAUAGCAUAAUUAAUGGUGCAGUACAUAGCCUUUGCAUCUAUGAAAAUUAUAUAUAUUGCCUCAUACCAUGCAACAUUAAGUGGUGCACUAUGAUCCUAAAUAAGAUAAAGUUCAAGAGGAACCAGUGCACAAUGAAUGCUAACGUUAUGGCACUUACCCAUUUACUGUAAUAAAUUGCAUGUUUUAUUGACAGGUAUCUUAUUAAUUAUAUUUACAAAUUUUGAGCUUUUAAAUUAUUUUUCCAUAUUUUUUCUAUUAAUAGUACAAUAUAAUACUGUGAAGCACAGAAUUCAUUUAAAAACUUUUAUUUUGCAUCUUUUGAUACCACAUUCAUGAGUAAGGUUAAAAGAGCUGUAGAUGGGCUCUUCAGUCUUUUCUGCCAGACAGUAUUUCCAAAGGAAGGAUUCACAAAGUAACAGAGUAAGUUUGAGGCUGGUAGAAUCUACCUGUACAGAAUGAGUUUAAGUUAAUACAUCCAGAAAAGCAGGUGGUUAUUUCACUGUAUUAUGAAGAUAAUGGACAACUUGUUGUUAUAGAAAAAUUGACCAUUAAGUGGAAAAUAAUUUAGAUUGUAUAGUACUGCUCUUGCACAAGAAAGAAAGAUUUGGCUUACAAAACCUGAAUUGAUUUGUAUUGGGAAACAUUUUGCAAGUUCAAAGCUUCUGCCUGAAUUUAUUUAUUACCUAUGCAAAUUUUUUAUGCUUUCUGCCAAGUCAAAACUGGGCAGAAUAUAUGAAGUCUAUUUUAAGAUUAUGGAUAUUCCUCUGUUCUGUGGUUUCUGCAGAUUGUAGUACACUGUGAAAACUAUACUAUUUUCUAGUGGUGCUUUUUAUGAAAUUCUCUAGUUUGAAAUACUACCUUGUUUUAAAUAUACUGUUUGUACACUUGCCUCUGUUAAUAUUAUAUUGUAAUGUGUUUUAAGAGAACUUUACUGAGAUAAAUAAAAUUAUAAAACUUC